UACCCCAUCUCUGAGCCAUAUACGCACCAAGCCCAGGUCCAGAGCUGCGGCACAAAAAUGGCUGCUGUCAAGACCCCGCACCUCUCCAAUCCAUGGACCGCUGACGUAUUAGAUGAGAAUACAAGCAUCACGACGUCGUCGCUUUUACUCGUACUCGCAGGCGUUGCAGUGGCUACUAAAGCGCCUAGUAAAUAUGUUCAACCGCUGGUUGAGUGGCUGCAGCAGCGUCAAAACACAUCCGAUUCAGCGAACGAUCUUGAUGAUGCCCUUCCCUUCCGCGGGUGGCUUGUAGCCAUAAACUCAAAUCCCGAAAACUCCAAUGCUGGGACGAGGCAGCUUGUCCAAGUCACUCUAGCCGUUGCGUUACUGCGAGAAAAGGCACGGGCCGGUCAAGACUUGAAUGCAGCGAGUAUCGAUUCGAUCUGGACCCCAGUCUACGAUGCUAUAAUCACCGCGCAAGACACAGACCUUCAGUUCACUGUUUCCCGCAGCGCGCAGGGAUUCUUGGCCGUCCCGCUGUGCAGUCUCGUCAAAGAUGGACGCAUCCAGGAGCUGUGGCGGCUUCACACGUGGCUCCCUGACGGGCAACGGGGCAUCUCUGAAGAGGUGUGUAUCCAUGCCCACCAACCGUAUGGACAGAGCUGGAUAUUGCUGGGAUCUGGCACAGACUGCACCUUCAAGGUCGAUACCCCUGACGAUCCCUCCUUGACUACUCAUGCGCUCUACGAGUGUUGCUAUGCCCCGGCAGACGGCAAGCAGAAUAGUACGGGAUACCAGACCCACCAGAUGAGUUCAACGAUCAGGAACACGGGGAAACUCGUGAGAGUAACCCCGGUCAGUCGCGUACCGCAUUCGCGUGAUAUGACUUACAGCGUUCCGGGCGGUGCCUAUCAUCGCUCAAUCGUACCAGGUGGCAGGCUUCACGCUACACUUUUCGUCUUUGAUGCGCAUCGUGGAUAUGACGAUGCAGCUGCCGUGCUGGGGCCAAAGGACGGCGGCGAGUGGGUUCAGCCGCGUGAUCCAGAUGGCAUCACAGCCGAAGUCCUCGCUCAGAUUGUCAACGCAACCCGCAAGUGGGAGCAACAACGUGGGGCUGCUCCUGAAGGAGAUGAAGAACAUGAAGAUGUGAUUAAAUUUUAUCGAUUUUUUCGAGCCAUGGGACUUCUCAAGGAUGGGCGUGAAGAAAGUGCCUUCCAGUAUUUGGAUCCACCCAAGCGUUCUACACCAGCCCAAGCAUUCGCUGGUAAGCCGUCUAUGGGGCAUCAAGAAUACAUCAAAGAGGGUAUAAAGGGAGGGGUGGUUAGUUCCUGAUGUUGUCAGGUCGAUAUACUGAAAGUCCACAAUCUUCUUUUUAUCUAUCCAUCAGGUAGUGAAGACGUCGAUUUUAAAGGCGGCUUAUUAUCCAUUCGGUAUUCCAAUUUAUGAAGAUGGUCUUGACACUAUCUCGCUAUCAAAAAAAUCUAGCUAGCCAACAUGUAUGACUCAUGAAGCUUUUGUACAAAUUAAGUAAGACAAAGAUUAAAAUCUCGAAUAUCCGAAUUGUAUUCCACAACUAGUUCUAUAAGCCGGUUCAUGUUGGGGUCAAUGGGCAAGUGGGAGUAAAUAGUUGGUUUUAGUUACAUGCUUUCUGAAUAAGUAAG